GCAGUCAUGUUUAUUUAAUCUCUAUGCAGCUUGUUAAACGUGGCUCAUUUAUUAAUCUUAAAGUUUGUUUACUUGUUUACAACGAAUUCUGUAGCAGCCAUGCUUUCUCACUGUUACAGAAAACAUUUUGCAGCAAACCCAUGUGACAGAGCGAGCAUCCAAGAUCAGCCUGAUUAUUAUUAUCGUAUUAGUCUUGCUAGAUUAAAUUAUAUUUUACUGAUGACUUGGUUUUCACAGAAACAGAUUAUAUGCCAGCUUGAUAAUCAAAUAAAGAAAUUCAAAAUGGAAUUAGAUUUUUGGAAAUUGAUUUUUUCCAGGGAGUUUAACUUAAAAACAAUCUGUGAUAAUAGAUAAUAGGGUUGAUACAAAUUUCCUAGGAAAGCGCUGAACCGCUGCUGCAAGCCCAAACACAUCAGAGGUAGAGGUGAAUUUCGUCACUCCACUCAGUAAUAAAAUAUGGGGCAGAGUUCCGUCGCUGCUGCUUCCUGCUUUCAUACAAACACCAAGAACGCAUCAGGACAGCAGGACAGAAAUAACCCCAGUCAUCCAGCCAUGGAUCGUAGCAAUACACUUGAUGACCCACUAGGACCCUCCUCCAUCAUCUUCAUCUGCCUGUACAUAAUAAUCUUCACGGCCGGCCUGUUCCUGAACUCCAUGGCUUUGUGGGUGUUCUUCCAGAUCCGCUCGCAGAGGCGAACCUUCCUGUUAUACCUGCGCAACAUGGCUGUGGCAGACCUCCUCAUGACCCUCACUAUACCAAUCAACGUGCUCAUCGAGUCCAAACUGGCACCCCAGAGUCUUCGAGACGUGUCGUGUAAUUACACAGCCGUGCUCUUCUACUGCUGCAUGUACACCAGCAUCCUCUUCCUCGGAUUGGUGGCUCUGGAUCGCUACUUGAAGAUCGUGAGGCCGUUCGGUGGAAAGUGUGGCGCUUGUCUUUACAGUUACUCUUUCACCGUAGCCAUGGCUGUAAUGGUGUGGCUCACAAUGAUGGGCCUUUCGCUUCCUAAUACAAUACUGACCAAUCAGACUAGAGUGGAUAAAAUGAAUAACUGUGCAGAUCUAAAGAGUGAGCUAGGUAAAAAAUGGCAUGGAGUGGUGGUCUACAUAAACAUAUUGAUCUUUUUCCUAGUUUUGAUCACUCUGCUCACCUGCUACAUAUCCAUCUACAGACACAUCCAUCGAUCCUCUGCCCAGUUUGUCAUAGUCAGAGAGACAAACACACGUAAGCCCAAGAAAGGCCAGAACAUUCUAGUCUUACUGGUUGUCUUUUUUAUCUGCUUCGUGCCAUAUCACCUGUGUAGGAUCCCGUUCACUAAAAGCCAGACCGAUGGAUUGCUGCUGAAUUCUUCCCUGAAGACCGGGAAAAAGGCGACGCUUUUGUUGUCUAUGUUUAAUGUCUGUCUGGACCCCAUCAUUUACUUCCUCAUGUGCAAGAAUUUUAGAAAAAAGCUGUCUCAAGCCCUGGGAAUCUGGACACCUAGUGAAAAAAUGUCUGUGUACUCUCCAGAAUCUACAAAGAAAGGAGUGGUCAUGCUCUUUAAGGAAAGCCAAUCUUCAUGAGGAAAAUCAGUGUUGUGUGAACAGAAAGCUUAUAUAUAACUUAUGGCAGCUGAUCAAUAUUAUAAAUCUGUACUCACUCACCAGCUACUUUAAGACAAGCGCUGUAAAAAUUUCUAAAUGACCUGAAUGAACUAAAAUUUCUAAAUGAGACGCUUUUCUGCUCACCGUGGUUGUAAAGAGUGGUUGUUUGACGUACUGGAGCCUUUUUUUUGCACCGUUCUGUGGAUACUUUAGACUCUGUGUGGAAAAUCCAGCAGCUUAUACAGUGUUAUCUAAAACAACCAUGCCAUAGUUUAAUGAAGGUUACAUUUGUUUUCCUCAUUUUUAACUUAACUGCAGGUCCUCACCUGUAUCUGUAUCACUUCUUGUGUUACGCUGCUGCCACUUGAUUGAUUGUUCAGAUAUUUGGAUAAACAUGCAGGUGGACAUAUUGGUGUGGACAGUAAGGGUACAUAAACUCUAUAUAUACCUGUAUAUAUAUGCUAUUUGUA